AUGGGCUUUGAUGCAAAUAAUAAUAUAAUAUAUAGCAGCAGAUGGUUUAGAUCACUGGCAAAGGGGGAGAUGGUGGAAAUGUGGGAGAAAGAUGAUGAAGCAUCAGACAUCAAUUUGUUCUUAACUGAAUACACGUUAAUUACUGAUGCUAAUUACUUCCUCCUCGCACAUCAGUCUGGCAACAAUCAAUUCGUUGGUCUAAUUGUGUCGUCGGCGUAUGAUCUGGGCGUGUGCAUAUACUAUGUCACUGUACGGGCUAUGCUAUGA